AUGGAGAUCCAGUUUAACGGCCACCAUGCUUUAUUUGUCCGUGUGGGCCCGGAGUAUCGGGAGCAGCUGUGCGGGAUGUGUGGGAACUUUAAUGGGGAUCGCAGGGAUGAUAAAGUCCUGCCCAAUGGGGAGAAAGCCCAGGACGACGCAGAGUUUGGGAAUGCCUGGACCUCUGACAUCAGUCCCUCAAGGUGUAAAAAUGACACUGGCAACGCAGAGGCAUGUACAAAACUGAAUGAGUUCCAGCAGCUGUGUGGGAUCCUAAUGAACCGCUCCGGGCCUUUUUCUGAGUGUCACUGGCACGAGAGCCCACUUCCUUACUAUGAAUCCUGUGUCUAUGAUCUCUGCCAGUAUGGCCUGGGCAAUCACAUGCUGUGUGCAGCUGUCGAACCCUACGAUGAGAUGUGUGCCUUUCACGGUGUGAAAGUAGCCAAGUGGAGGCAAGGGCUGGGCUGUGGUGUCACCUGCCCAGCCAACACCUAUUUUGACUUCUGUGGCCCUCCCUGCCCUGCCUCUUGCAUCAGCCUUAAUUCAUCCAGCCAAUGCACCAAGCCCUGCAUGGCGGGAUGCUUCUGUCGGGAAGGAUAUGUUCUGGACGCUGGACGCUGUGUGCCUGUGAGCCGGUGUGGCUGCAUGUUGAAUGGUCAGUAUCACCAGCUGGGAGAGGAGGUGAUCCUGACAGACACCUGCCGCAGGAAAUGCAGCUGCCGGAAGCCUGCCCAGCCCAUGCAGUGCCAGGAUCAUGCCUGUGGGGCUCUGGAGAUAUGUAAAAUUGUGGAGGGCGUCCGAGGCUGCUACCCUGUAAAAUUUGGUGCCUUAUGGGUGUUUGGCCACCCUCACUAUCACAUUUUCGAUGGACUUGCUUUUGACUCUAAAGGAACCUGCAAAUACACCCUGAGCAAGUACUGUGGCCCCCCGGGAAAGCUCCCUGACUUCACUGUCAAAGUGGAAAAUGAGCACAGGGGCUCCAUCACAGAGUCCUGGACACGCCUGGUGGAGCUGGAUGUCUACAGGGAGCAUAUUGCUGUUGCAGUGGGACAGCACGGCCAAGUGCAGGUGAAUGGAUCCCUGGUCAAUCUGCCCCUUGUCCUAGCAUCAGGGAAACUCUAUGCCUAUUACAGCGGCUCAUCUGUCAUCAUCCAGACAGAAUUUGGCCUCUCUAUAUCUUAUGACUGGUCCCACUAUGUGACAAUUACUAUACCUGAGAUUUACUCUGGGCUGGUCUGCGGGCUCGGAGGAAACUUCAAUGGGAACCAAAAAUUAACCUGCCCCCCCAACAGCCACUACGAGCUCUGUGGACCUUCCUGCCCAGCCUCUUGUGCCCACCCAGCUGUGCCCUCCCUCUGCCGGACUGCGUGUGAAGAAGGGUGCCAGUGUGACCCUGGCUUUGUGCUGAGUGGCACUGACUGUGUGCCUCGGGGGCAGUGCGGCUGCACCCACAAUGGCAGAUACCACCUGGCAGGGGAAAGCUUCUGGGAAGGAGAAAAUUGCCAGAGAUUGUGCAGAUGUGACGGCUCCUCCCACUCUGUCCAGUGCUCCCGCUCUGCCUGUGCCCCUGGGGAAUUCUGUGGCACUCGAAAGGGGGUUUAUGGGUGCCAUGAACGAACCAACGGCACCUGCUGGGCUUCUGGGCUGCCGCAUUACACGACGUUUGAUGGGAAGCGAUACGAUUUCCAGGGCACCUGCAAAUAUGUCUUUGCUGAACUGUGUGGGGCAUCAAAGUCCUCACCCUUCUUCAGAGUGGAAGUGAAGAACGGAAACCUGCCCCAUGUUCCUGUGGCUGUGACCUCAGAGGUGUUUGUCCUUGUGAACAAGACUCAGAUCCAUCUGCAGAGAGGGCAGCACAGGACAGUCAAGAUUGAUGGGGUCACUGCGACUCUCCCAGUGAGUGUCAAUGCAGGAGAAAUCAUCAUUUACCAGGCUGGACUAUACACGGUAGUGAAAACAGAGUUUGGGCUGAGUGUGAGCUAUGACCUGGCCCACAGCCUCUUUGUCACCCUAUCCCCUGAGCACCGAGGCCAGACCUGUGGGCUUUGUGGGAACUUCAAUGGGGCCGCUGAGGAUGAUUUUGUGAUGCGUAAUGGCUCCCAUGGGAAGGACGCCUUCCUCUUUGCUGCAGGCUGGAAGUCGGAGGAUGUCCCUGGCUGUGACAAUGGCUGCUCCGAUUCCUGCCCUGGGUGUGAAGAGGAAGAAAGUCUGGUGCAGUCCAAGUCCCGUUGCUGGGUGAUCCAGGAUCCCAACGGGCCGUUCACCUCUUGCCACUCCCAGAUUGACCCAGGCCCCUAUUUGUCUGAUUGUAUCUUUGACCUAUGUGUGUCAGGAGGGGAGAGCAGAGUCCUGUGUGAGUCCAUUCAGACAUACACAGCCGCCUGCCAGAGAGCGAAUGUCUCCAUCUCACCUUGGAGGAACGAGUCUUUCUGUGGCCUUUCGUGCCCCCACCACAGUCACUAUGAGCUCUGUGAGACUCACUACCAGGACCUGUGUGCUGGAUCCUGGCUUCAGAAGUACUGCGGGCACACAUGUUCUGAGGGGUGUUUUUGUAAUGACGGGUACCUGUGGAGUGGGGAUGAGUGUGUCUUGCCAGAGCACUGCGGCUGUGAGCACAAUGGAUCCUACUACAAGGUCGGAGACCACGUCUGGUUCUCUGGUUGUACCCAGAGAUGUAGCUGUGACUCCCGAGACCAUUUCCGUUGCUUCCGAGCUAAGUGCUACCCAGGCCAGCAGUGUGCUGUGAAGAACAGCAAGCUGGGAUGCCAGAGUCUCUUGACGACAUGUGUUGUAACAGGGGAUCCUCACUACUUUACAUUUGAUGGGGCUGUGGCACAUUUCCAAGGCAUAUGUGACUAUGAGAUCUCCCACACCUGCAACUCCUCCUUGGACUUGUCUUUCCGCGUGGUGACAGCCAACCGGCAUUUCCGGAAUCCCCGGGUGUCUUUCGUUUACCGAGUGGAAAUCUGGCUCAGCACUGCCAAUUUUAAUGCUCACAUUGUCCUAGAGAGAGGCAAAGCUGUCCAUGUUAAUGGGCUGCGGACUCGCUUGCCAGCACAUCUGGGAACGGUUGCCAAAGUCCUGAGACUGAAGAACAUGCUAACGGUGAGAGCAAAGGGCAGCCUGGAGAUCCAGUUUAAUGGUGCCAGUAGCUUGUUUGUCCGUGUGGGCCCAGAGUAUCGGAAGCAGCUGUGUGGAAUGUGUGGGAAUUUCAAUGGCAAUCCCAUGGACGAUAAGGUCCUGCCCAGCGGAGAGAGGGCCAGGAACAACACAGAGUUUGGGAACGCCUGGAUUUCUGACACCAGCCCUCCCGGGUGUACAAAUGACACCGGCAACCUUGUGCCUUGUCCCAAAUUACACGUGUUCCAGCAGCUGUGUGGGAUCUUAACGAACCGCUCGGGACCUUUCUCUGAAUGUCACUGGCACCAGAGCCCAGCCCCUUACUACGAGUCCUGUGUCUACGACCUUUGUCAGUAUGGCCUGGGCAAUCGCAUGCUGUGCACAGCUAUCGAAUCUUACGAUGAGAUGUGCACCAUUGUCGGUGUGAAAAUGGCAAACUGGAGACCGCGGAUGGGAUGCAGUUUCACUUGCCCAGCCAAGAAUUAUUUUGACUUCUGUGGCCCUGCCUGCCCUGCCACUUGUGCCAACCUUAGUGCACCCCUGCUCUGCACCAAGCCCUGCGUGGCAGGAUGCUUCUGUCGGGAAGGGUAUGUUCUGGACGCUGGACGCUGUGUGCCUGUGAGCCAGUGCGGCUGCAUGUUGAAUGGUCAGUAUCACCAGCUGGGAGAGGAGGUGAUCCUGACAGACACCUGCCGCAGGAAAUGCAGCUGCCGGCAGCCUUCCCAGCCCAUGCAGUGCCAGGAUCAUGCCUGUGGGGCUCUGGAGAUAUGCAGCGUUGUGGAUGGCAUCCGAGGCUGUUACCCUGUGACGUUCGGCACCUUAUGGGUGUUUGGCCACUCCCACUACACCACGUUUGACGGAGUCAUGUUUGAUUAUCAAGGAGCCUGCAAAUACACCCUGAGCAAGUACUGUGGCCCCCCAGGGAUCCUCCCCAACUUCGCCAUCAAAGUGGAGAAGGAGCACAAAGGAUCCAUCGCUGUGUCCUGGAUGCGCCUGGUGGAGCUACAUGUCUAUGGAGAGCGUAUUGCUAUAGCCGCGGGACAGUAUGGUCAAGUGCAGGUGAACGGAUCCCUGGCCAAUCUGCCUCUGGUCCUCGCAUCAGGCAAACUCUAUGCCUAUUUCAGUGGCUCGUCUGCUGUGGUCCAGACAGACUUUGGUCUCUCUGUGUCCUACGACUGGUCCCACUCUGUGUUGGUUUCUGUUUCUGAGAUCUACUCUGGGUCACUGUGUGGACUAGGUGGGGAUUUCAAUGGGAACCGGAGCGAUGAUUUCCGGACCCCGAACGGUUCUGUGGUCCAUGAUGCUGUCACCUUUGGCAACAGCUGGAAGGAUGCUGAUUCCCCUUUUCACUGCACGGCCGUUGGGCUCCCAGCCCAGUGUAACGAAAUGGAACUAGCCCAGUACAGGUCUCAGAGCUACUGCGGGCUCAUCACAGACUCAGCUGGGCCUUUUCAAGAGUGUAACCAGCUGGCUGAUGCUCAGGUUCACUUUGAGAGCUGCGUGCGGGAUGUGUGCACAACUCGAGGCAGCCGCGAGACCCUGUGUCAAGUGCUUCGCAGUUAUGCCCAGCGGUGCCAAAGUCGUGGCAUUGCCAUUGAGCCAUGGAGACAGCGGGCUGGAUGUGGUAAGCAGACGAGUCCCAAUAUAUGGAGAAUGUUACCUCAGGCUCCCCAGAUCAUCUUUGUUUCCUUGGUCUGA